GAGUUGAAUAGAGGAGUGAGUGAUAAGAGAAUUAGUAGUGAGAGAGACCCUCCCUCCCAAAUAUCUGAAGUAUUCAAACGAGAGUCGUCCUGUCCUUCAAAUAGUUGGUUGCAGCAAAACAACAAACACCUUGGCUAUACGGCUUUACCAAUAAAUAUCAAUCUCCUCUCCUCUCCUCCUCUCUCUCUCUUGAUGAUCCAAAAGACUCCGACCCAGACCCAGCAACGCCUCCAGAAGAAUAGCUACUGCAUUAUGGAAGAUAUUUAUGGAGUUACGGUGGUACCCAAGGAGGACCUUCAGCUCCAGCUUCAACUCCAGCCUCAAAAGCCAUCGCCUUUCCGCCUUAAGCUCCGCGUCCCUGAUGUUGGACGUGCUCUUCAGGAUAUGGCAAAGACUAGAGAAGCUGGUGAGUUUCUCAGCGGAGCUUUAGCAGGGGCUAUGACCAAAGCUAUUCUUGCCCCUCUUGAGACCAUCAGGACAAGGAUGGUGGUUGGUGUUGGGUCGAAAACCAUUCAUGGUAGUUUUGUUCAGAUUAUUGAAAAACAAGGUUGGCAAGGACUUUGGGCUGGAAAUGCAAUAAACAUGCUGCGCAUUGUUCCGACACAGGCAAUUGAGCUUGCAACGUUUGAACAUGUCAAGCGAGUGAUGACUACAGCACAAGAGAAAUGGAAUCAAAGUGAAAGUCCAAAGUUGCAAGUUGGACAGCUCAGUCUCAGUUUUUCUCUAUCCUGGUUGUCUCCGGUUGCUGUAGGUGGUGCGGCAGCUGGAAUUGUUAGUACCCUUGUCUGUCAUCCUCUCGAAGUUUUAAAGGACAGAUUGACUGUGAGUCAUGAAAUAUAUCCCAAUCUAAGUAUUGCAGUGCACAAGAUGUACAAAGAUGGUGGAGUAGGAGCUUUCUACUCGGGGAUUAAACCCACCUUGAUGGGCAUGCUCCCUUACAGCACAUGCUACUAUUUCAUGUACGAGACGUUGAAGAAAUCCUACUGUGUGACAAAGAAAAAGGAAUCAUUAACUCGUGUAGAGAUGCUCUUGAUAGGGGCUUUUUCUGGGUUGACAGCAAGUACAAUAAGUUACCCUUUAGAGGUUGCAAGAAAACGGUUGAUGGUAGGAGCUCUGUUAGGGAAAUGCCCACCCAACAUUUCAGCUGCACUAGCGGAAGUUGUGAGAGAGGAGGGUAUGAUGGGUCUUUACAGAGGCUGGGGAGCUAGCUGUUUGAAAGUGAUGCCGUCCUCUGGUAUUACAUGGAUGUUCUAUGAAGCUUGGAAAGAUGUAUUGCUAGCUGAAAGACGUAAAUCUAAAACACAGAUAUCGACUCAGGGCUAAAAUUCCUUCAAUAAAAUACACUUUCUGUCUUUCAUAGUCGUCUGAACACACUUUCAAGGAAGGCAUUAUUGUUGAUUGGCGCAUGGGAGACUGACUAGGAGCUGUCUGUCUUUGAAAUCUCAGCCCAUUUUUAAUAGAAAUGAAGCUUGGGUUCGUUAGAUCUCAUGAAUGGAUGGAUUUAUUUGCUGUUUUAGAAAGGUAAAAGAAGACUGAUUCCAACAAAUUUGAGGCAUUGUAUUGCUGAUAUGGUGGUGUUGGUGCCAUUUUUAAACUGUGCGGCACCAACAAAAGUUUUGGUUUAUGAGGAAAUGUCUAAUCAGAGAUAUUGUCGUCAUCUUUGGAUGUCGUGUGUAACUCUACUUUAGUCACAUGAGACUUAUUUAUGCUUCCCUUCAUUGAUCCGAAGGCAUACAGAAAAAAAACAUUUGUUA